AUUUUCCGUCAGGGACAUUGCGGAAAUGUUAGCGCUAUGGAUUGCAAAAGUGUCUAGCUCUGGAACAAGGUUGAAACCUGUGAUGCGCAUUUCAGAAUGCAGAAAAAUCUCUCAUGCAUAGGCAGCAAAAGUCGCCCACUUUCUGUCACAAAAAUCAGGGAUUUGUCGUGCGGAUUCGGCAUUGCGAACGCUUCUCGAAACCUGUGAUGCUAGAGCUUCCAUGCUAGACCUUCUGUGUCAUGCACAAGCAGCAUGAUUCUUCCAGACCCAGACAUUUUUACAUUUGAUAAGCGCGACAGCUAAAAAUGGGCGGGGUCGACGCAAUGAUGCAGGCCUUGGCGAAGAGGCUCCAGAAGUUCUCGACCAAGUCCAUGAAUGUGGAGUACCAUGACCGAGCCGUGUUCGAAGCCAUGGUGGGAAAAGCUGCAGACGAUGAUAAAGCGAACGGCAAAACGGACCUUGGCAACCUCGGGGCCUACGUGACGAAACUGGCGGCCAAGUGCGCGUGGGUGAAGUUGGUGCGGGGAAGUUCGGGGUGGCAGGAGUGCUUCAUAUCCUGAGUAAAAACGUCCCCAUACGAGAGUCAAGAUGGGAAAUGUGCUAGACAAAGGAGCCAGCUUUGGUUGUUUCGCAUGACACGUUUGUACUCGUAGUGUAGUGCUGUUUAGCUAGUUCAGAAGCAUCACUUACCUAGCACAUCAUGCUGAUUCUAGCAUCACAAAUACCAGAACACGACGAGAAAACGCGUCUCAUACAGCUCCGCAUGAGAAACUUUUUGGCACGCAGAUUUGCGGGACAACUCUGGCGUGGGGACGUUUUUACACAGGAUACUUCACGAAGGAGAUUUACAAGGUGUACCAGGAAGCCACUUGGCAAGACGCGAAAUGCUACGCGGAAGCGGCGGAACGAUGGAUCUCUAAGGGAGGACUGUCGGCUGGUGGUGAGGACGAACUACGCAACAUUACCAGCGUGGACCAGAUUCUCGCGUCCGGCGUGGCAGGUGUUGCCAGCAGCAGUGGCACAACUACAACUUCUGGCGCAACAACUGCAAGCUCAAGCACGGUGUUGAACAACAAGCCGAGUACAACUGUUGAAACGAAGAAAGCGGAACUGCUUCGCUCGUUCAAAAAUGCAGGGUUGGUG